ACACACACACUCACUCAGACAAGGGUGCAUGAACUAACCAGACUGACAGAAGAACCUUCCGCUGGACUGAAAAGAGACCGUCUAGAUGAAAAACACAGAUAAAGAGAACUACAUCUGAGGAAAGACAAAUACAACAAACAGUGGAUAUUCAACAAACACCUGAACAGCUGAAGAAAAACCCAAAUGAGAGCAGCCUCUAUCACACAUGCCCUGCCUCUGAUGCCAGGCUGCCCGCUCGGUGCUGUCCUGUUGAUCUUCUAGCAGACGGGCAGAACUGGCAUCAUGCCGGCGGCGCUGAGGUCGUCUCUGGACGGGAGCAUGACGGAUUCAGGAGAGCUGGAGCAGCCGGCGUCUCCAUGCCUCGGAAAAGUGCCCCGUGACCUGCUCCAAAACUUCCCUCACACCAAACGCGUGGGCAGCUACCUGGUGGGCAAGAUGAUCAACAAGGGCUCGUUUGCUAAAGUUAUGCUGGGCAUGAACAUCAGUACAGGAGAGAAGGUGGCGAUCAAGGUGAUCGAUAAGAAGAAGGCUCGUCAGGAUUCAUAUGUGUUGAAAAACAUGAAGCGCGAGCCGCGGAUUCACCAGCUGAUCCGCCACCCCAACAUUGUCCUGCUGCUAGAGACUUUGGAGACAGAGAACUGCUACUACAUGGCCAUGGAGCUGUGUGGCGGCGGAGACCUAAUGGACCGCAUCUGUGAACGCAAGCGGCUGGACGAGAGAGAGGUGCGCAGAUUCACCCGCCAGAUACUAUCCGCUGUAGAGCACCUGCACAGACACGGCAUUGUGCACAGGGACUUGAAGAUUGAGAACUUCCUACUGGAUGAGCACAACAACAUUAAGAUAGUUGACUUUGGUCUGAGUAACACACUGAAGGGCGACUCUCUGUCUGUGGAUCUGCUGAACACUCAGUGUGGAAGUCCUGCUUACGCUGCUCCUGAACUGCUGGCGCACAAGAAAUACGGCCCUAAAGUGGACGUGUGGUCUGUAGGUGUGAGCAUGUUUGCCAUGUUGACUGGCACAUUACCCUUUACCGUGGAGCCCUUCAACAUCAAGCAGCUUCAUCAGAAAAUGGUGAAUGGAGAAAUCAGCCCCAUACCAUCAGAUAUCAGCAAAGCGGCUGUAGAGUUUGUCUUGUCUCUGCUGGAGCCAGAACCAGCUAAAAGGCCAACAGUAAAAGCAGCAAUGGAGGAUAAAUGGCUAAAUGAGGGUUACGCUAAGAGACCCCUGCACACAGUCAUUCAUAAAAACAGGAUGCGUCCUGAGGAUCUGAAUUCAGCAGUGUUGAACUACAUGACUGAAUCUUUGGGUUUCGGGCUUUCUGAUGUCAUCCACACGGUCAUCAGUAACAAGCCGUCCGCCAUCUUAGCGUGCUACCAUCUACUGCUGAAAAAACUGACCAGGCAUCAGAAAGUAGUGCGGAGCAUGAAGAGAGAGGAAAACAGUGAAUGGAAUCUUCUGAAUAAAGGCUUGUCGAGAGGAAGAAGCAAUGCGAGUGCAAAGAGUCAGCAGCAGUCUCCUCAGAGCGAUUCAGCUAAUGAGAGAAGCUCAAGGCAGGCUAGUAAGAGCCAGAGGAGCCAAUCACAGGACAGAGAUGCCCAGAGUGGCAUGAAAAGACCAGCGGAGACCAGCAGACCAAAGCAGACAAGCCUGGUGGACAGAGCAGAUUCUCCUGCUUCACCACCGAAGGACACGGCUAAUGAAAUCACCAUACUGGUGGAGACGCAUGAUGGACUCAAUCCAAAGGUAUCAGCGUUUGUUGAGAAGGAUCUGCUUCACGUCUGUCCACCGAAGUGCUCCUGCAGAGACGCGAGCGACCCCAAUCUCUGUGACUCUGCUCCCUGUGAUGCCACAGACUCCUCCAGAGACUCCCCAGUCAAAACACAUGACCUGAGACCUACAUACUCUGACAAAUAUCAAGCACUAGAAUGUGAACAUCAUCACGACGACAAGCUAGAAAAGUUGCAGACGUUCUACUCGGACAAGGGGGCUUCUCCCAAAACAGGACAGCGCUUUAAAGACCUCUUACUGGCCAUUGAGGAGAAAACUUACAAUGCUCGACACCUCAGCACGGUAGAAACCACAACACAAACGUCUCCUUUACCACGUCUGCGUCACACAGGAACGCUGAAAGAAGGCACAGCUAGAAAAGUGACAUGGGUUGGUCUUACGCGCCACACGACAGCAGGCACGGGCUCCUCGCCUUUCUUUGUUAAUGGCUCAAAACCACCAUUGUUUCCAUCUCAAAGACAACAAGCUCUCGUCAUUAAAAACCUGAGACACGCAAAGGAAAAGAGGAACACGGUAACGGGAGGAGGAGGAGGCAUAGGGAUGGCCGGUAAUACAGCGAAAAGAAACACAGUGCAGUUGCGCACAGCAAUACAGCGUAGAGCCACAGACCUCAACCUUCCAAUGCUUCCGUCCGCUUUACAAAACAAGUCGGACAAAAAGUCAGAGAUACUACGAAUGGAUUUUGGCUGACGGUCGAGGAUUUGAUGAAGGAAUGGAAUAUUCCCUGGUCUAAUACAAAGUCAUGCUUCAUGUCUUCAUGCUUGGUCAACAGCAUUUGCAGUAUAAUCUUGAUUACCACUAAACAGAUUAUUUUCAAUCAUACCCUCGACAAUAGAUGUAUUUUUAUGUGUUAGUUCAUGUUAAGAUUUUGGGAUAAUUUGCUUCUGUAAGUAAGGAAAAAAAGGACACCAUUUUAAUUCCCAUUAGAGGUCUGUGCGAGACUCAUUACAUGGUUUAAAAGACAACUUGGUUUCCCGAAUAUAUAACCGAUAACUUAUAACUAACGAUAUAAGGUAUAGUUCACCCAAAACUGAACAAUAUCUAGUCAUGUACUCAUCCGUUACAUUUUAUUUAUUGAACAAAAGAAGACAUAUUUAAAAAAUGUUGGAAACAGGUAACUAUUGACUUCCAUGGUAUUUGUUUUGCUAUCACUUGCUAUCGAUGGUCUCUUUAAAACAUUUUGCUAUUAAUUUAAGUUAUAUUGCACCUACAUACCAACUAAUUCUCAUUAGAUUAUA